AUGCUACGUAGAGGCUUCAUAAAACAACCCCCUUUCGUGAAGAUCUUUAAAAUCGUCUCCCCGGAGUCGACAAACGCUAAGGCUACACAUUGUGAAGUGGAAUUCCCUUUAAAAGUACAAGAGCUCUGGCGUGACAAGCACCACGUAAUUUUUAAUAAGCCACCCUUGGCCCUUUCUCAAUUACCUGACAAACGAACGUGGUACAAUACUCACGACUAUGAUCCCCCAGUGUUAUUGGAUAUUGUUCAAAGCUCUAGUGGAAGCAUCCUGAAGGACGGUACAUAUGAACCAUCGUACUACCCCAUCCACAGGAUUGACACACCAGUAUCCGGUGGAAUAGUAUAUGCUGUAAACAAACAGUCAGCACAACAAUUUAGUCGAAAUCUAAGGUAUGGCGGGAAUAAAGGAUUCUCACUAACUAGAAAGUAUGUCGCAAAAGUUGGAAAAUCUAAGACUGCGAAUGAGUGUAAAGAAGGUCUCAUAAAGUGGAAUGGUGCAAUCACAUAUUUUCAGCGUGUCGACAAUGAACACCUAAUUUUACAGUUGGUAACUGGGAAGAAGCAUCAGAUACGGAAACUUACACAGCAAGUUCUUGAUUCGCCAAUUUAUAAUGACUUGAAAUACGGUGGUAAGAAGGUUUUUGACAGUGACUUUCAAAUCGCAUUACAUUCAGCUUAUAUACGGACAAAAAUUGGUUUUAAUAUACAUGAGCAAAUCAUUCCCGUUCCAGACGGUUUUAGAAUGAUAUGGGGAGAAUCUGUAGACCAAAAUGGGAACUUCAAUGAAGAUAUAACCCGAGUUUUGAAGGAAGAUUGGGCUGGAACAAUCAAGGAAUGUUUGAAGAAGCUGAAAAUACAGGAAACGAAGUUAGCAGAUAAUCAACUAAUCUUUGUAUCAUGA